AUGGCCACAGCUGCCUCGAAUCCCUACAGCAUUCUCAGUUCUAGCUCCCUAGUCCACGCGGACUCUGCGGGGAUGCAGCAGGGGAGUCCUUUCCGAAACCCUCAGAAACUUCUCCAAAGUGAUUACUUGCAGGGAGUUCCUAGCAAUGCGCAUCCUCUUGGGCAUCAUUGGGUGACCAGUCUGGGCGAUGGAGGCCCAUGGUCUUCCACACUGGCCGCCAACCCUCUGGACCAGCAGGACGUGAAGCCCGGACGCGAAGACCUACAGCUGGGUGCGAUCAUCCAUCACCGCUCACCACACGUCGCCCACCACUCUCCGCACACUAACCAUCCGAAUGCCUGGGGGGCUAAUCCGGCUCCGAACCCGUCCAUCACGUCAAGCGGCCAACCCCUUAACGUGUACUCGCAGUCGGGCUUCACCGUGAGCGGCAUGCUGGAGCACGGAGGGCUCACUCCACCGCCGGCCUCCGCCUCCGCACAGAGCCUACACCCGGUGCUCCGGGAUCCCCCAGACCACAGCGAUCUAGGCUCGCACCACUGCCAAGACCACUCGGACGAGGAGACACCAACCUCGGAUGAGUUAGAACAGUUCGCCAAACAGUUCAAACAAAGAAGAAUCAAAUUGGGCUUCACGCAGGCCGACGUGGGGCUGGCGCUAGGCACACUGUACGGCAACGUGUUCUCACAGACCACUAUCUGCAGGUUCGAGGCCUUGCAGCUGAGCUUCAAGAACAUGUGCAAGCUGAAGCCGCUGCUGAACAAGUGGCUGGAGGAGGCUGAUUCGUCCACUGGGAGCCCGACCAGCAUUGACAAAAUCGCUGCUCAGGGCCGCAAGCGCAAGAAGCGAACCUCCAUCGAGGUGAGUGUCAAGGGCGUACUGGAAACGCAUUUCCUCAAGUGUCCCAAGCCUGCCGCUCAGGAGAUUUCCUCGCUGGCAGACAGCCUCCAGUUGGAGAAAGAAGUGGUGCGUGUCUGGUUCUGUAAUCGAAGACAGAAAGAGAAAAGAAUGACUCCACCAGGGGAUCAGCAGCCACAUGAGGUUUAUUCACACACCGUGAAAACAGACACGUCCUGCCACGAUCUCUGA